CGCACCCACUGGAAGCUGGAGGUUGCCUGGGAAGCUGAAGCAUCCCUGUUUUGUUACCGACCCAGCACCGGUGAACAAAAACAAGCUCAGCCACAGCCUUAUGUGGCUCUUCUGAGCAGACAUGGCAUGCAGGUGGGGAGGCAUUGUCCAUUCAUCACUGAGUUAGCUGACUCUAGCUUUUUUAAUUCAUUACUACGUGCAACAACAUUAUGGCUAAGCAGUACGAUGUGCUCUUCCGACUCCUGCUCCUCGGAGAUUCUGGGGUUGGGAAAACAUGUUUAUUAUGCAGAUUCACGGACAACGAAUUUCACCCGUCUCACAUCUCAACCAUCGGGGUCGACUUCAAAAUGAAGACACUAGUAAUAGAUGGUAUCAAAGUACGGAUACAGAUAUGGGAUACAGCCGGACAGGAGAGGUACCAGACCAUCACCAAGCAGUACUACAGACGAGCACAGGGAAUUUUCCUGGUAUAUGACAUCACGAGUGAGCGAUCUUUCCAGCACAUCAUGAAAUGGGCCAGUGAUGUGGACGAGUACGCUCCCGACAAAGUCCAGAAGAUUCUCGUAGGAAACAAGUCAGAUGAAGUGGACAAGAGGCAGGUGGCCACAGAGCAAGGUGUCAAGCUGGCCAAGGCUUAUGGAAUGGACUUCUUUGAGACAAGUGCCUUCACCAACCAUAACAUAACAGAGACUUUUACACGACUGGCUGAACAGGUGCUGGCAGCCAAUAAAAAGGACCUGGAUCUUCUCCGGAUGUCCCUUAAUGACGAGCUUAAUCUCGCUGCCCUGGAGGAAGCAGAGGGACUCUGUGACGGUGCAGCUGGCGACGAACGCAAAGCCUGCUGGUGUUGAAGGCAUGGCAUGAAUUCAUCUCCACACACUUUGUGCACUUUUGGAAAAAUGUUAGUUUUUAGCCUGAAAUAAAGACGAACACUUAACUACAAUUUUGAAAGCAGAUUUUGUCACAUGGUUUUUAGAAGCAUUGUCAGAUGAUUUAAAUGCAGUUUAAGGACAAAAUUAAGAACAUUUUGCCACUAAAUGCCAAGUGUAUGGUGAGAAUUGAAUUGAAUUUGAUUUAAUUUAAUUUAAAUAGUAGCACCAAUCUGCCCAUAGCCUCAAAUUUUAAAUGCUUUUGAUGUAGUGUAAGAAUUUACCACAAGAGGGUGCUACAUGCAUUGGAAAUAUAGCACAUAUUGAAGCCGUCACCAGUUUAAGGUUGUGUUCUAUAGGCUUUUUUUUUCUUUCUUUCUUUUUCUUUUUCUGCCUGUGUUUUUUGGUUUUAAUUGCACUUGCGAUGGCUACCUGUGACGGAGUGCAAUUGUUAUAAAUAUAUGUAGCCAUUUGAUUAUUUUGCUUUGUUUACAUAAAGUUUUACAACUUGUAAAUGGUUAGAUAACCCAACUAUGGUGUUAACAUGAGGGGAGCAUUGGAAGGAGAAUUAUUUUAGUUUUUCUGUAGCAAAACACAAGGUAUUUUCUAUGUUCUGUGCUUGUUUUAUUAGCAGAAAAUAUCUUAUACCAAUGUUUAUUUGACAACUGCCUGUUGCAUUGUAUAUACUGGAUUUUCCAAAGCAUAAUAGGCUGAUAAAGUCAUGAAGAUUACUGUAUCACCAUUAGAGGGCUGUAUAAAAACUCUACAUGGAUAUUCUACAUAGUCUGAAAUACUUACUUUGUGAAAAUAAUGUUUUGGUCCCUUCUGUCCUUUUUCUCACUGUUUUGUACAGAUUUAGGAAAGGGGCGAGUGAGAGUUUUGCAUGCAAUUUACUCUUUUCUUUCUGUUGUUCUUAUUGCAACUUCAGUGAAGUUAAUAAUUGCCUGAUCAUAAUACAAGUGUACCAUUUGACCAGAGUUGCCUCUUGGAGGGUUACACAGUAUGACCAUCAUUAACGGGAGAACAUUUUUUGCAACGUAGUAUUACUAACUGCUCUGAAAAAAAAUCAAAUCAAAUGUUAAUGUGUGUGAAAAGGCAGUAUGUUGUACUGAAUGAUGUAAGCUAUAGAUACGCAAUGUAUCUGUGUUGAUUUUCAGGAUAUAUUUUUCCUUCUUGUCAAUUACUUUCAUUGUAUGUGUGAAAAUAUAUUAACAUGCAACAUGUAAAAUGCAACGUUUUAUUCUUGGAGAAAAGAUGUCAAAUGUUUGAGAGUAAAUACUUGCAGAUA